AGCACGAAUUUUGUUCGGCCUCCAGUUGGUUCUGGUCAAGUAUUUUGGGCUUUUCUGAGUGAUAAAAUGAUUAGUUAAAUUUAAAUCUUCCCCGAUAAUUUUUAAGUAUUUGAUUCUACAGAGUGUAUUUCGAUUUACUAUUGCUGACAGAUGAUCAGCAUACAACAAGUAUCGGAUUUGAGCCAUUUGAUCAACCGAUGAGAUUUGCAAAACAUGUCAAAUUUGUCCAUGCAGUACUAUGCAGCGGUUUCUGAUGUCGGUGCUCCAACUUCCAGCAAAACAGAAGCAACAUCAUUCAUUAGUCCCCAGCUGCAGUAUCAACAAUGGUUUCAGCAGCAAAUCCAGCAGCAGGCUGCACAACAAAGCCAGCAACAGCAGAAUGGUAUAUCCUUCCCAGCCUUGACUGGAGACGGGAGUCAGGCGAUUUUCACAGCUGGUUACCUCGAUCCGCACAGUUUGGACUUCCAUGCCCUGAACGCCGGCGGCCUUAACGCCAACAUCAACGGCCAGAUUGUACCAACGGAUGCUGGUUUGUCCCUGUCAGCGUUACAAUCGAUUGCUGGUUUCCAGCUGCAUACCAGCCAAGGUCAGACUUUCAUGGUGCCUUCGGGUGCCAAUCUGACGGUCAGUAGUGGACCGUUUGCCAACAACGAGCAGCAUAUGCAAGGUCUGCACCACCAGCACCAGCAGGCAGCUCAACAACAAACCCCUGUUGCCGCUCCAAAGAAGAAGGGCCCGAAAACCAAGGCAGCCCCAGCACCGAGCACACCCACGAAUGUCACCAAAGCUGCAAAACCACCAAAGCCCAAAGGGACUCCCAACGCGUAUGCCAUCUUCUACAAGGAAACCUAUGCCAAGUUGCGUCAGGAAAAUCCAGAAUGGAAAGCCAGUCAGAUUAUGGCAGAGGCUGGCAAGAUCUGGAAAGACUUGAAUGGCGCCGUUCAGGAUCACUAUCGAUCUCAGGCUGAAUCGUUGGUACAGGCUCACAAUCUUGCAUAUCCGAAAACUUCCGGAAAGAAGCAAAAAAACGGGCAGAAACGCCCCAUGACAGCUUAUCAGUUGUUUAUUCGCGAGCAGUUCAGUCAGCGGCCUUCCGAAAGCAGUACCAUGCACGCCAAAGAUAUUCUUAUGCAGCUGUCCGGUCAGUGGAAAAAUUUACCGGAUGAGGUAAAAAAAGUCUAUCAGGACCGAGCUCAGCUAGAGAAGGCUCGCUCCCAGGCAGAGCAGCAUGCGAGCAACGGGGAACGCCGGAAUGGUGAUGAUCAGAUGCAGAUGAAUGAUGUCCAGGCUCAGGAGUUGCAUUCCCUGCAGCAGCAAGCGAACAUGAUGAUCGAUGUGCCUUAUGACCAGAAGCCAAGAUUGGACGAUACCCGAUAGUAAGAUUGAUUAUUUUUCCUUCCUCAUGGUGGUAAUAGCAGUGAGUUAUUGGCCUCCAGUAAUUUGAUUGUGACAUGAAUGACACGGAAUAUUUAGGAUAGGACCGCGAAUUGUUCCUGUUUUCUUCUGCCCGAUUGGAAUCUGUUUGGCCCUUUGUUUACAAUCUCCCUACUGGAUAAGAGAGACCAGUACUAGUGCGAUGAUUAAGUCGCUAUCUCUUUGUUCCGCAGUAUUACCUUCCUUUGUUUUAUUCUUUUAAAUACCGAAACGAAAAUCUGUAUUUUGAAGUCGGAGUGGCUUUUGGUCUUUAUUGCUCGUUUAGUUUGUGGAUUGGGAAAAGGGCUUGAAUUUUAUUGCUUUAUUGACUGUUAGACUUUACUGGAUUGCCUGUAGAAAGCGUAUCGGCGUUUAGCGGAUCUCAGGUCUGGAAACGCUGAAAACACCGUACGUUGAAAGGCGACUGUUUGUUCCUGCUUAAUCAACUUGUUUGUUAACGUUAUUUUGUACGAUCUCGAACCUGAUUUUUUUUGGUUUUUUGAGUUCGAUAUAGCGUAUCCAGCUAAUGUUUUGUUUUCAUCGUUUUAGUCUUUUAUGAAAAUCAAACUCAACCGGGUCCACCUGUUAUUCUUCUCGAAGUACUGAACUAUUUUGUCAUCGUUCAUUAUUGUUUGUUAUUAGGGGUUUCACUGGCAGCUCGCAGUAUUGGUCUACAUUUACGCUUACAUUUACAUUAUUUUAGGAAAUUAUUUUCACUGUUCAGAAUGGUUGUUAACGUAUUA